CAGCUUUUGUGUCAGUUGCCUGUACAAUGCCUGCCUCCCGGUCUGCCUGGCUGGCUAGGUAGUUGCCCACUCAUCUAGUCACCAUCGCGCCAAACAGACCCCCCCCCUCACUAUGGUUGGUAUCUACACGCCCACACAAUCGUACGCGCAAGGAAAAACAGACAGACAGAGAGAGAGAGAGAGAGAGACGUAUGUAUUGACAACUAUGGAGCAGGGUCCAUCACCACCGAUAGAUACCACUAGACACAACAACAUUCGUCCAUCCGCCCGCCACAAAACAAAACGAAACCACCCCAGCCACGUCACGUCUCCCCAGCACUGACUGUCCGCAGCAGCUGCAGCUAGGACGGCAGCAAGGAAACAAGCGGCCACAAUGCGAUCGCGGGAGGCAGGUCUGUCUUAUGUAGGCUUACCCACCCAUCGAAUCCCCCCCCACCCACCCACCCUGUCUGUCUGUGGCCAGAUCACUGCUCGUCCCAGCUAUCGUCAUCCGCCUCGUCCUCUACUGCAGCAGCCUCCAUACUAGCACGAGCUAUGCCGCCCCCCACACCGACCCCCACGGCCCACGGUGCAGCCACAUGGCCGAUGACCACCGGCUCGCUCUGCCGCUUGGUCGGCCGACGCGGACACUGCACCAAAGCUGGGGCUGCCUUUUCGCCGCCCGCAUUGGUGAUACGCGCGGACGGCUUGGGCUUGGCCUUGGGCUUCCGCCCUCCCAUGACCUUCACCCUCACCCUUGGCCCAUCCCCGUCUUGAUCUCCGUUGGUAUCCAUGCGGUAGAAGUUGUGGAUCUCGUCGCCCCAUACCGAGUGCAGGAGCCCCUCGAACGACAGCUGGGGCAGCCCCAGCUGGCGGAUGAUGCCGUUGCGGCUGCGGAGGGCCCUCCCGAGGGCGUCUAUGAGGCCCGAGAAGGUCUGCCUGGACACCAUCUGGGAGCCGCCCUCGUACCGCUUCUUCUGGCACUCGAGCUCCACACGGAAGCGGCGGUACUUGCCGUCCCACUUGAUGCCCAGCCCGCCCUUGGGCCCCACGCCGUUGCCAUGGGCGCACACACCGUGGCUGCGGAGCCGCUGCAGCAGGGAGCGGGCGUUUGCCGUCAGGUCCUCAUUCGACAGCUGCUCGUCUGGGUGGCAAGCUGUGCACAUGGGUGGACAGACAGACGAUAGAUGGAUGAAUGGGUGGUCGGAGGACAUCAGUCCGUGUGGCAUGUCUGUCACUCACUCACCGUAUCGGAGGCAGAGUUCGUCGUCGAUCUUUCUGGUGUUGAGUAGCUCCUCGCCGACCCGCACCGCCUCGAAGAACGCCUCCUUGACGCCCUCCUCGGUCAUGGUAUCGGCCUUGAUGGUCCUCUGAACUUUCUUUUUCCCGACCAUGACGAGCACGUUGAAGCUGUCGUCGCUCUCGCGCCACUUGAUCGUCGGCUUGUCGGGCUGCUGCAGGGACAUCUGAGCCGCCAGCGCCUUCGCCAGGUUGGUUGCGCGCUUGGCCACCUCCAUCUCCCCUGCAAGACGAUACAAUACACAUAAGUGGAUGUGUAGGUAUGUACCCUCUCGCUUACCGAGCGCUUCCUCAUCGAUGUCUUGCUCGCUAUCCUUGCCGCGACAGGGCCCAUGACCGCCCAUGUGUCCGUCGCGGCCGCCCUUGACGGGUCCGCCCCUCCCCAUGCCCAUGCCGCCUAUGCCGCCCCCCGUCCAUCCCACCUGGCCAGCUCCCAUCCCGUGGUGAUGUGAAGGAUUGGGAUGCUCGUCGACAUGCUUCGCAUCGACAGCGCCCUUCGCCACAGUGCCCUUCGUCAUGAACGGGGGCAGCGGCGGCAGCCAAACGCCCCUCCCGGCGCUCUUGGGCUUGGCGCACCCACCACGCCCAGCAGCGAUGCCGGCGCCCCUCCCACGCCCUCCGGCACCCAAGCCAAUGGCCAUGCCCAUGCCCAUGCCCAUACCCAUGGCGACGGGCGCAAUGGGGAAGGGCGGCAUGAAGGGUGGCCACCCAAACCGGUGCGGCAGCCCGCCACUGCUGCUGUUGGGGGGAGCUGGUGCUGGUGCUGCUGCUGGUGGUGGUGCUGCUGCUGGUGGUGCUGGUGGUGCUGGUACUGAUUCGGCGCUCGGAUCCUUCUUGGCGACGACCGACUUGACGGGGGGGCCCCGCAGCUGCGGAGAGGGCUGCAGGGGUAGGGCUGUCGAUUUCUUGGUCUUCUUGGCGCUGCGGGUCUCCAUCUGCGACGGCCGCUUCUUGCUGGUUUCUUGGCGUCUGGUGGGCGGGCUGGGCGGGGAGGGGCCCAGGGAAGGGUCCUUGGCCAGCGACGCGAGGAAAGCCGCGAAGCACUCGGCCGGCUCAUCUUUGCCGUCUGGAGCGGCGUUCUGACCCUCCUCCUCCUCCUGAUGGUGCUCUGGUCCUGCCGAUGACUGCUGCUGCUGCUGCUGGUGGCCGGCCGCGAGCAUCGGGAUGUCGUCAAGGUCGGGCAACGGCACGUCUAGGGCAUUGGCGUUCAUGGGGUCGCGGUAGCUGUAAGAGGGCUCGGGAGAACUCUCGCCGUACGGUAGCGGGACGGCCGCCAUCUUCAAAUAUAUAUGAUUGGCCAUCUUCUCGACCAGACUCGUGUCGGCCAAGUCUGAUCGGUCGGCCGGCUUGGAUGGUGCCGCCUGCUGCUUCGGGUCAGAGCUCUCGGGGCUGCUCACAUCGCCGCUGCCGUCCGCCUCCGUCUCCAUCUCGCUCACACGACCGUUGGCACCACUCUCGGAAGCGACACCGCCCGGGGCAGCAGCAGGCGGGUCAACAUGCGAUGAUAGGUUUGGGGCGGGACUGGGGUUGUGGGGUGGGUAGAAGGGGGGCAGCAGGCUGGCAGCGUUGGCGACCUCCUGCGAUUGGGCGUCCUUGUACGCCUCGCCGAGGCAACGAUCCAUCUCCUGGCCCUCCCGACUCGGACACUCGACGUCACGGCCGUGCCGCUCCUCCGGCUGGUGAUGCUCCAUCCCCCCACCAAUGCCUCCUCCGUCCAUCCCACCGCCGCCCCUCUUGGCCUGGGGCGAGGGCAGAGCGCUGUCCAUCGUGUACAUGGGCGGCAGACGGAAUGGGGACGGCCCCAUUGGCUCGAUGGGCGACCAUGGGAAGUAGCCGUUGUGUCCGAGGAGGGAGGAGGGAUCGUCCAGUGGGUGGUUGUGGUGGUGGUGGUGGUUGGGGCUGGGGUAGGCGUAGUCUGGCACACGCAGGGUGGCCGUGGGCAAGCCGUAAGCGCGGUUCGCUUCCUCGCCCGGCGGGCCCUUCGAUGGCGACUCAAAGAACGCAUCCCCAUCACCACCUGUCAACACAACACAGCACAGCCACACACAUGGCACGGACGUCACGUCCAUGUGUGUGCCGCCACCUCUCUGUAUGUGUGUGUAUGGGUACCUGUGCCAUGGUUGGCCUGUCCGCUAUGAGCCACCUCAGCCACCGAGUCGAAAACAGCCGAGUGCGCGCGUGCGUGGCGGUCGGGUGACUUGGCGCCGUAUGGUGAGUUGCUGGCUGGCGGCAGAAAGGGGGAGGGGUCGGACGGGGGGAAGAACGGGGGCAACGAAAUACUCAGGGGGUCUGGGGGGAGACAGACGACAAACCGACCGAGGAACCACAGACAGAGAUGGAUGUAUGUGCGUAUGAUGGGGUCGGUGGGUGGACGGUACAGUACCUGAUGAUGUGUGCAUGCAGCUCUGUAUGUCCGAGAAGAUGGCAGAGGUGCCGCCGAUGCUCGUGAAGGACACACACUCGGUCUCAUCCCUCUUGCUAACAACACAACCUGCAAACAGACACACCACAAGCAUCAAACAUGCCCACGACAGUGCAACACACUCGCCAAACAAAUACCCGUGCAUUCCCCUGAGUCCUUCCCUCGGCCCGCCCUCCCCACCUGCAGCGACGCUGCCUCCGCUCCGGUGAUGCAGAUAGGUCGUAUAUCCACGCUUGACUAUGUGCGACAACGGGUGCGGGUACGGGUGUGCCUCCGCAUUCAUCAGCAUGGGGUAUUCCAUGGCGCCGUGGCUCUCCAUCAGCCCGACGCUCCUGCCGCCUCGGCGCCCACAACAAUUCUGUAUCGACAUGGGAUGGGACGGAAAAGACAAGAUGGACGCGCUGCAGCUACGGCGGGCAAUGGGCGCUGAGAGUGGCCUCAACGAAGC